UCAUACUUCACAAAUAUCAACAUAAACAAAAUUCGUCCCUCCUUCUCUAUUUGUAUUUUAAAUUCCACAUUUACAAAUUUUAUAAAUUUUAGGAAAGAUGAAAAGCACAAUCCAUAAAACUGAGGCAUUAUUAGUUCUCUUCAUGUUGAUGAACUAUGCUUUUGUGAUCUUAGAAGCAUCACGUCCAUUGAGUAUCAUUGACACCAAAAACUCAGCUACUAGAGAGGAAGUCUUGGAUUUGUUCGAUUGGUUAUCACAUUCUCUUGGAGCAAUCAAACAAGGUGUGCCAAUUGAAACACUCGGAGGGAUCAAGGAUUCGGGUCCAAGUUCCGGAGGCCCAGGACACAAAUUUACCGACAGUGAAACACUCGGAGGGAUUAAGGAUUCGGGUCCAAGUUCCGGAGGCGUGGGACACAAAUUUACCAACAGUGAGACUCUUGGUGGAAUUAAGGACUCUGGUCCAUCACCUGGCCAAGGACAUAAAUAAUAUGUUCUUCACUCCCUUUGUUUCAUUUCAUUGAUCCCGUUCACCUAUAGUUAGCAUUAAGCAUGCUAAUUUCCGAUUGAUUAAUUCCUUCAUUUAUUUAUGUGUAAUUUUGUUUCCCUCUUUCACAUCACUGUUUAUGUUGCAGUCGUUAAAUUGAUGUAGAAUAAACUAUCAAUUUAGUUCUAAAAUAUUGUCAUGAAAAAUGGAGAAUCCAUCAAUUUAAUUUCUAAAGUGUUCUCAUGCUAGUGAUGGAUCAGAGCGUGCAAUAUGAUAUUUAAAGCUUGUUAAAAUCUCUCCUUUCUUAUGGAACCUAAACAAAACAAAAAAAUUACCAGACAAAAUCAUCAACAAUAAUAAUAAUCUAUACCUAUUAAUAAAGGCAAAACAUUUUAUUUGAUGUAGCAUAUUUUUUUUUCAAAUAUACCCCCUCUAUUUCAGUUUUUUACCCGUAACUUCUCAUGAGUCACUAACUGAUUUAUAGCAGUUUCUAUAUCCAAUUGCCAAUUAAGCGGUUCUAUUGGUUUUUCAACACACACAAAAAAUGAAGAAAUGGGAGCAGGGA